AUGUACAAACUCUACGAGUUGGGUGCAAGACGGGUUCUAGUAACCGGAACUGGUGCGAUGGGAUGUGCACCGGCGGAGCUGGCUCAGCAUAGCCGCAACGGCGAGUGCUAUGGCGCUCUCCAAACAGCAGCCGCUUUGUUCAAUCCGCAAUUAGUUGAUUUGAUCAAAUCGAUCAAUGCUGAGAUCGGUCAGGACGUUUUUGUAGCAGCCAAUUCCUAUCAAAUGAACAUGGAUUAUCUAUCUAAUCCUGAACAAUUCGAAAUCUAA